AUGUUGUGCAAUACCCCUAGGGCUCACAAACACCCAACCCAACUACCUAGAGACCUGAUACCAAUCCGGGAGGAUAGCAGGGCAAACAAGAAAGAGAUGCGCGGAAGAUUCGGAAGGCGCCUCAAAAAAGACACAACCAAGAUCCCUCUCAGGCAAGGGAACACCACGCCUAUGGAGGUUAAACCUAGUCGGGAUCCUAUCAAGAAUCAGUUGCCAAGAGAAGACAACAACCUUAGACAGGGCCCACGACUACCACACCCUAGAGUAAUUAACACUCAAGAAUUAACACCAGCUUUGUUUGAUCUUGACACUGAUAUUGACACCGUCUUCCCAGACUCCAUUAUCAACCUCUGUGGAAGAUUGAUUGUAUUUUUGUUACACUUGGCAGGAUUGAAUAGAUGCCGAAAAAGUUGUAGAUUGAGGUGGUUAAAUUAUUUAUGCCCCAACAUCAAAAGGGAAAGCUUUGCUGAGGAUGAAGUUGAUCUGAUCCUAAGGUUACACAAACUUCUAGGGAAUAGAUGGUCAUUGAUUGCUGCAAGGCUUCCUGGUAGAACAGCGAAUGAUGUGAAAAACUAUUGGCACACAAAUUUGCGGAAGAAGCUUGCUUUAGAAAAAGAAAAGAAAGAAAAAGAGAAACAUAAGGAAACUAUGAAAACACAUGAAGUUAUUAAACCUCAACCUCGAAUUUUUUCAACUCAUUCACCAUGGUUGAACAAGAAGCAAAAUAAUUUUGUUGCACAACCAGUACUGGCUUCAAAUAAAGAUGGUAAUGUUCCCAGAGAUUCUAAUGCCUCAUUAGGUACUACGGUUUCAAAUCAAGUUGGUAGAGAUUAUGUUUCCUCUUCACAACCAAGUAUAGAUAAUGUUGCAAUACUUUGUUCAAAAAAAGAUAAUGUUGCAAUACCAUGUGCAAUGUUGACCGAUAAUUUGUGGAACUUGGGGGAGCCAGUAGACAGUGAGAAAAUUGGCUCAUGCUCUUCAUUACAAGAGGAGUACUUUAGUAUGGAGUUUUCAACCAUUGAUUACUCCUUUUGGGAUUCCAACCUUUGUGAUUUCAUUUAUCUUUGAAAUCUAUAAUUAGUUGUGUAAUA